UAACGCUUCAGGCAUUAUCACACAUCCCUCACAAUCCUCUAAAAGUCACGUGUCAUGUUCAAAGUUAGCCAUGCCUCCCACGCAUCGAAGCCGCUCAAACUUUACUUUUACUAAUUUCCCUUUUUUUCCUGUGCUUAAAAAUCACAAAAAAACUUUCUGAGACGUUUGGUAAUUAAGGAACUUUAUUAUUCUUAAUUCGAGUUUCUCUUCCAGUUUAAGUGAUGCGUUUUGUGGAAGAGUGAGCGUUACCUAUGGAGGUUUUAGUUCAGAUGGCGGUCAAUAGUAUGAGGUGGAAAGCUCCACUUCAUUUCCUGAAUUGCGAUUUUUUCCCUUUGAUUUCCGAGUGCUCUUAUUUCCUCACAAUCGAUGAAAAAAGGAACCAUUUUACGGGAAAGUUCUUCCGCUGAGAAAAUGGACUCAGCAAUAAUUGCUGGUUUUCUUUGAGACAAUGCCUCGUUGCUGUGGGGCACCUUUAAUUUCCGCUAUGGACAGCACUGAAUCUCCACAAAAUCUCGGCCUGCAGGUCCAGGAUGGUAAUCCUCGGAAUAAAACUGCCUUGGCUCCGGGUCACAGUCUCAUGGACUGGAUUAGAUUAGGAUCUUCUGGAGUUGAUUUAACUGGAGUCGGCGGUGUCUCUCGAAUCGUGUCAAUGGCUGAGUUAGCUGAACAUAAUAAGGAAAAUGACGCCUGGAUAGCGAUAAGAGGAAUUGUAUUUAAUGUUACACGCUACAUGGACUUUCAUCCUGGAGGAAUUGAAGAAUUGAUGAAGGGUGUUGGAAAAGAUGCGACUAAACUUUUCGAGAACGUUCACUCAUGGGUAAAUUAUCAAAGCAUUCUUCAAAAAUGCGUUGUAGGAAAGUUGAGUCGAACCUCUUCCAAUUCUGAAAAUUCGCUUAAUUUGGAAAUGAUUGUUCCUCCAAUAAUCACGCCAGAUCUUCCAAAAAAUCCGAGUGAUAAAGAAUCUGCCUGGAGUUCCAGUUCUGUUCCUAAUGUUAAGCAAAAUUGGAAACAAACUACAAAUACGAUAACCUUUUCGUACCAAGUCGUGGACAAUUUUCCAGCAGCUAAUUUUCAAUUGACAAGAUUAGGCGAUUCAAAAAUUAUUUUGAAAAUUUGUUUUGGAAAUGUGGAAAAAGAUAUUGUCAAGCACGAAUUUCAAUUAGCAGGAGAUGUUAAAUGGCCUCCUCGUUGGGAACGAAAUCACGAUACAAUGGGGGUGGAUUUUAUAUUUAAAAAAAAGAUUGGAUCUUUGUGGAAAUCUUUUGGAACUCGAUCGACGGAGUACGAGACAAAAAACAAAGAGCGAUCGUACAAACAGUACGAAGUCGUUAGCAAUACUUCUCUUUGUAAAGUGGUUCAUCUCAUGGUCCUAAGAGCAAGAGACUAUUUGGAACUUGUUCCCAUUGGUCGACACUUAGAAGUUAAACUGAAUGUCUUAGGAACUGAAGUUUCUAGACUGUAUACACCUGUCCCGCCGUGCCUUCAUCCUGAAAAUAUGGCGCCAAAUUACACGUCCGAUUGUAUAUGUCUCAUGGUGAAACGAUAUCCCUCAGGCGCACUCACUCCGUCCAUGACUAGUUUACAGCCAGGGCAGACAUUGACUUUGAGUUGUGGAUUAGGCACCUUUAUAGUUGAGUCCUUUGACAUAUAUUCCACAAUUCAUAUGCUGGCUGCGGGCACUGGUUUGACUGCAAUGCUCGGCAUCAUUCAAAGAGCCCUUUGCAGACGCAACGUAAUCGCGAUAAACUUGCUUAACUUUAACAAGAAUGAGGAGAACAUUUUCUAUUCCGCAGAGUUGGAAAGGAUUUCUAUAGAGGAAAAAUUGAAAGUAAAUCAUAUUCUACUGCAACCUGAUGAUUCUUGGACUGGUAGACGAGGAGAAAUUUCUAAUGACUUAUUAUCCGAAUUAAUUGGAAAAUCGGUUCCGCAAGCUUGCGUUUUCUCAUGCGGUCCUAAAGGUUUCAUCGAAUCAGCAAAAAAAUUUCUCGAGAAUCUUGGAUGGAAAUCAUCGCAAAUGAAUGCAUUUGAUGACUAGAGUCAAAAACAUGACCAACGACCCAAAGGGACCCAAAAACUUCCCCACUAGAUCCACAAUUAGCGAAUAUAUUUAAAAUAAAAAUUUCGAUUUAGGAUGGUAGAAAAAAUAUCGAAAAAUAUUACAUUUCUAGUAAUAA